GGGAUAGCCUCGGUGUCAGCCAUCUUUCAAUUGUGUUCGCAGCCGCCGCCGCGCCGCCGUCGCUCUCCAACGCCAGCGCCGCCUCUAGCUCGCCGAGCUCCAGCCGAAGGAGAAGGGGGGUAAGUAAGGAGGUCUCUAUACCAUGGCUCGUACAAAGCAGACUGCCCGCAAAUCGACCGGUGGUAAAGCACCGAGGAAGCAACUCGCUACAAAAGCCGCUCGCAAGAGUGCGCCCUCUACUGGAGGGGUGAAGAAACCUCAUCGUUACAGGCCUGGUACUGUGGCACUCCGUGAAAUUAGACGUUAUCAGAAGUCCACUGAACUUCUGAUUCGCAAACUUCCCUUCCAGCGUCUGGUGCGGGAAAUUGCUCAGGACUUCAAAACAGAUCUGCGCUUCCAGAGUGCAGCUAUUGGUGCUUUGCAGGAGGCAAGUGAGGCCUAUCUGGUUGGCCUUUUUGAAGACACCAACCUGUGUGCUAUCCAUGCCAAACGUGUAACAAUUAUGCCAAAAGACAUCCAGCUAGCACGCCGCAUACGUGGAGAACGUGCUUAAGAAUCCACUAUGAUGGGAAACAUUUCAUUCUUUAAAAAAAAAAAAUCUCUUCUUCCUGUUAUUGGUAGUUCUGAACGUUAGAUAUUUUUUUUCCAUGGGGUCAAAAGGUACCUAAGUAUAUGAUUGCAAGUGGAAAAUAGGGGACAGAAAUCAGGUAUUGGCAGUUUUUCCAUUUUCAUUUGUGUGUGAAUUUUUAAUAUAAAUGCGGGGACAUAAAGCAUUAAUGAAAGUCAAAAUGUUUCAGUGAACAAGUUUCAGCAGUUCAACUUUAUAACAAUUAUAAAUAAACCUGUUAAAUUUU